CUAAAUUGUGUUUCUACUUCAGUUGCUUACUUAGAUGGCAUUCUCACCCUUAAGACCUCUACCACCACUUCACAGAGAGCCCAGAGAGUCCAGAUCUCCAGAUACAUUAGAAGCAUUAGCCCUGUUGGCCGUUCCUUAUCCAGGUGAAGCCACCCAGGAAAACCUGCCACCCUGCCACAGUGUGCAAAUCAAGCUCGAAGCAUGUGAAUUUGAAGAGGCGAGACAUGAGAGUAAAAAAGAACACAAAAAGAAAUUUUGGUAGGUCAUGAAAGAAUUCAAGUUGAAUUAGUUUUGUGUUUCCGAACCACGUGUUGGCUCGUUUAGAAACAAACGUUGUAUAGAAUUAUGCUACUAGUUUGCGAUGUUUGAAUUUAUGUUUCGCCAUGUUCGCGCACAGUAGCGUCAAUGUGAAGUAAUGAUGUUGUGUUUUCUUCUUGUAGACAAACGCUGCGUGAUCUUAGAUGUCUUCCUCUCUGCCCCUACACAGAUUGGGUCUUUAACAACGUUGACUGCCAUUGCAAUAUUCGUUUGGGAACUCGUAAGAUUAUUAAUUGACGAUUUCAUGAACUUUAUGAAUUUAUCGCGAAUUUAAUCCUGUCAGAGCAUUAUACAAUUUUCAACAAGUCUACAGAAAUAUUCCGUUUGCCGUGCUUUUAUUGUACCCCAAUAUCACCGAAGAAUAUUUAGCACAAAAUCAGUGACGAGAAGAAAUCAGCAUUGUAAUGAAGGAAUAAAUGAAUUGUAAAAGUUAUUAACAAAGUGAAACGUUAUUGACUUGGGAAAAGGGCAAACAAAGGAGCUAGGAAGAAUGUGCAGUCGAACGUUCGCGGGUUAAUUACCUAAACAAUACCAAGAUGGCGCUUAAUCCCCUGAAUGGAAAACAAGAUGGCCACUUAAUCACUUAAUAGAAAGCAAGAUUUUCACUUAAUCCCUUAAAACCGAAACCAUGCAAGGAAAAAUAUAAAACGAAAACUUGAAGCGGAAGCGAAAAACAAUUAUGAAAGCGUUAGAGAAAGAAAUGUUCGAAUGUAAAACCAAAACGUGCAGUCGUUCAUUCAGUCAAACAAUAUGGAGGGUUAAUUACCCAAACAAUACCAAGAUGGCCGCCUAAGACAGAGAGAAAUAAACGUGACUUGAAGCAACGGAAAUAACGUAAAACGUGGGAAGAAAGUGAACGUGUACCUUAGCACGAUCAAUAAAGCCAUAAAGUCAAAGGCAAGAAAAGAGGAGACAAGAGUAGUUGCGAGCAAUUUAAGAAAUGUCCUCUGUGCUGUGCAGUGUAUUUUGUCAACCCAAAAAAGCCCCAUAAGUGCUACGAUGUCACCUGCAAAAAUUGUGGUGAAUUUGCACAUGUGGCUCACAGGUGUUACAUCCAACCCAUCUUCGAGGAAGAGCCUCAGCAACAAGACGACGAAGAUUUUGAGGACCCCCUACAGUUGCAAUUCGGUGAUGAUGAUGAUGACGAGGAGAAGAAGGGCCCCCCACCCCCACCGCCCACCCUGAAUUUUGCGCACAUCGAAUGUGCCUUAACAAAAGACCAGGCGGUUGAACCCAACCUCAUCUACUGGUCAAGUGAAGAAGAUGAGGACAUUCACCACGCCACUACCAUCAAUGAAUUUUUAGACGCCUGUGAAGCCAUGACGGAAGUAGAAGAUGAUGUGAGGCCUCGAAAAGUCAUUACCUUCUUUCAUAAUCUUCGUGGAUUUGACGGCAACUUCCUUCUCAAAGCCUUGUACGAUCAAGGUCGUGCAGUCGAGAAACCCUUGACCCAGGGGGCUAAAAUCUUAUCUUUUGAAUGUGGAAACCUGAUUUUUAAAGAUAGCUUGAAUUUCUUUGCCAUGCCUUUGGAACGCUUUCCAUCCACCUUCAUUUGA